GUUUUGUUUUCUUCAUGAAUAUAUUCAUUCUAGCAAUUGUUUGAAUUAAGGCCAUGAACACCAGGAAACCAGUACUGAACAAGGUGACAGAUUUACAUGAGGCCGCAGAAAUGAUCUUGAAUUGGUUUGAAAAAGAAAAUAAACCCGCCACUGUACAAUCCCUCACAGACGCGCUUGGAAGUUGUGCAGCAAAAACUCUCAUCCAAAAGACACUGGAGAAUCUCUCAGAACAGGGGAAGCUUCGGACGAAGGACCUCAAGAAGGUUAGGCUUUUUUUCCUGAAUAUGGACGCAUAUAACAUACGCAUCUCUGGGUUGAUGGAUACAAAAAAUGAAGUGACUGAAACCAUCACUGAAACUGAACAUAACACUGAAUGCAUUGAGGAAAAGAAUCAACUGAUCGAGGACAUCUUAAGUGUGUCGCGCUUAAUCCAAGAAAAGGAACAACUUCUGACGCAAUUGAAACAAAGUCUAGCCGUGUCUGAGCGUAAAGAAAAGCUUUCCCUCGCAUUGGCUGAAGUAGAUGCCAUGGAGAAACAACUUUUAGAGGCAAGGGAGAACGCUCAGUUGGGUGAUGUCUCCUCUUGUAAGGGUGACUACGCCGAUGAUAGCAUGCGGCGCAUUGUGAGGCGCUACCAAAACGCUCGUCUUCUUUGGCGUGAAAGGAAAGAAUAUGUAGAGCGCAUAGUGGACGGGGUUCUGGGUGACGGAUGCUCAGCACGUGAGCUAGCUGAUACUUUUGGUAUUAUAUCGGACGCUCAAGCAGGGGUAUCUUUAUCUCAGUCUGCUGUGAAUCUUCACCGUUCGUUUCCAAGUAUUUAAAUAUAAUUCCCCUUUUUCCCACUAACAGACUUUUUUUCCGAUCAUUUUUACACAAUUGGGUGUUUGUUCUAAGCUUCUAUUAAUUCCUUUUCUGCUAAUCAUUUUUUCUCAUUAUAUUAUUACUGUUUCCUCGAAAUUAUACUAUAUGACUUAUAUUGUUUAAUAUCCAUGGCUGAUUGCCGUGCAUUGCAGUAAAUUUAGGAAUACUUUGCGCUUUACUUGAAGGCUAAUAAUGAAAAAUUAUUUCCUACCUGCUUAAAAUUAUAUGUGCGUAUAAUCGAAACAGUGAUAAAGCUAAACUAAUAGAAUUUACAAGAGCACCACGUUAAAUACCACUACUGAAAGUCUUUGGUAUUCUGAUGGUGAUGAUUUGCUCUGGAAUUUGUUUCUUUGGUGCAGAACGGCUUUAUCGCUUUUUAAAAAUUUUCUUGUAAUUAAAUAGUUUCCCUUUGUGAUUAUGUGAACUUAACCCCGAUAAGAUUAUAGAACAAACUAAGUUCAUUGAUUUUAA